UCGAUCGCAGAUCGCGAACGCGUUCACACCGGUACCUUCCGCCGUGGGGAGAGAAGAAUCGUCCGAACCAAGCGAGAGAGAGACAGAGAGAGCGAAACGGUUUUGUUCGAGAAGUUUUGUUUUGAUCUUCAGAUCGUUGUUGGCACGUGUCACCGUGUGUGUGUGUGUGUGUGCACUGCGCACACGAUGGUCAUUGGGACAAGAUAAAGAAAGAUGGCAUUCGACAUUCGCAGUGACACCAAUUACGAGUGAAAGAGUGUGCGUGUGUGUGAUACUAUUUACCGUUGCAAGAGAAGCAGAAGAAAAUAGUGCAGGCAGCAGCCGUGAGCUAAUUUACCAACUCAAAACAAACACAGCUGAGACCGAUCUGGCACACAUUUAAAUUGCAAAGAAGGUACGGGGAAGAAAACUGCCAGGAAGAAAGCACUGCGCAUACACAGAAGGUGAAAACAAGUGCCAAUUUCAUAAUACCGAUCGUACCUUGGUUUGUUUGGAGUUAAAAAUAGAACGGCCUUUAAGGGCUAGCGAACAGCAUCUGUUCAAUAAGAAAAACAAGUUCGAGAAGGGAAAAAACCCGCUCCACCGCAUAUGCAUACGCCUUGAUCGGUGCCGGCAGUAUCUCGUGCACCGCCAGAGUGAGUUUGUACCGCGUCGCGAGUGGCUGGGCCGACAAUCUUCCCGUUGAUCUUCGCGUUGAACCUACCCGGAGCGGAUUUGUGAAAGUGUCUUUCGAGCCCCGGUAGCUCAAUUGAGCUCAAUUACCUUACCUGCUGCGGUGUAAACCGUUCAAUCGGGUUUAGCUCUCACUGUCGAGAGUUGUCGGAAAUAGGUUAACGAUCGAGACAUACACACACACACACUUGAAGCGACGACACCUCUUAGGAAGCAGUCAACGACUUGCGAGAGUGUGUCACCUGGGGGGAGGAGUGCAAACCAGUUGACACCGGUUCGGGCCCGGACAAAGAGAGUCCGGCGGAUUUUGACGGACAAGAGCGCGAACAUACAGACAGAGUUCAUCAACAUGUCGAUGCUGGGCGAUAUGGUUCAGAGGAGUAGAACACUGUACGUGACCAACAACCCACCGGUGGUGCCGACAGUAAUGUCCUUGGAGGAGUCGCGCCGAACGCAGCGCCCCUACCGGUAUGGUAUGAUACUGCUGUGCGUGGGCGCCCUGGUCAACUGGCUGGGCCUGGCCGAGGACUACGCGGAACCGAUCCGGUACACCGGGGUUGCGUGCAUUUUGGCCGGAGCCUGUCUGAUCUGUACGGCGAUGUGCUGCUGGUUGCAUACUCCAAAUCGAGCCGGGUCUUCUGCGGAGAACGACGACCCGGUGCACGUGAUCAGCGCGGCCGAGGAGCGUCGCUGCGAAAAGCCACCAGACUAUGACAGCGUCGCGGUGGCACCACCCAGCUACGACGACGCCAUCAAGCUGGACCCGGCGGCACUACUCCAUCUGUCCAUGUCCGUCUCGAUGCCACCGCCACAAUCACAAUCCGCGGAAACUGUCGCACAGCCGACAACCCAGGCCACAACUCCCGCCCCGACGACCAGCAGAACGUUCAACUUUGCGAGCAUUUUGGGCCGAUCUUCGAGUCAGGAAGCGAGUCGGGCCGUUCCGCGUGAGGAGGUUGCCAGCUUCGGUACCGAGAACGAAAAGCAGCAGUACCUGCAGGAGAAGCCACCACCGUACGACGCGUCGGCACCGGUUCCGGCCAGCAUAGUGGCGGCCAUUCCGGUCCAGUCGCCGGUAUCCGGCAGUAACUGAAGGAAGCGGAAGUGAUACGGAAGGAGUCCUCAAAUACUGCCCGGAAGGCACAUUCUUUCGCUAGAGGGGGAGUGUGCGUUGCCAAAAAAAAAGCAGUGAACGUUAAGGCUGUGCUCAACUUGUUUAUACCUUAAUAACUACUUAUUACUUAAUCGGUUAAGAAUACCUAGCCCUUAGUGGUGUAGAACAAACGCGAUCGCACAGAAACGUCCCAGGUGAAAGCCCACAUCGGUUGUUUUCUCGAAACGCAGUAUUACUAGGCCAAACGAUCCGUAUCGAAGAAAACAACUCCGCACGAAACCUGUUCGUUCGCCGGUUCGUGCCAAGCUGGAACCGGAAAGGAAUGGUGCUAAACGAUCCAACAUGGCUGGAGCCCCCCGUUUUUUAAAAACAGAGAGGAACAAUUCGCUUGAGUGAAUGGUGAUCGUGUCUCUGCUUAUAAGCCAGUGUUAUAAUUAGUCGAAAGGCUUGGAGAAUCGAGCGCGCGAAUUAUCGCACCCGCCAGUGAAUUGCAUUAACCCACACAAGAAGUUGGGCGCCGACGGUCAGGUCUGGUCGGGGUGUUGCCAAGUCAGAAGAGUUGGUUGUUUUUGGGAGAGAUUGCGCGGUGACCUGAAGUGCGUUGCGAGGCUAAGCUAGAGCGAACCUGCAGUGUAAAUAUAGAGGAAGAAUGUUCGAAGAUUGUACUUAAUCACGUUAUAGUUAGGAUAGGCGAACAGUCAAUUUAGUUUGUUACGAAACUAUGUACGAAUUUAGCGAUGCGUAUGAGGGAUAUGAAUGAUACGCAUGUGACUAAGGUGAGAAUAAAAAUGACCCUUUGUGAUAAAAGUUA